UGAAAGCUUCAGUUUAGUUAACAUCUCGAGUUUCGAGUUUCGAGACUAGGACCAGAAGUUUUGUGGUGGGAGAGAUGAAAAAAGGGAUGCUAGAAAGAAUUAAAAGUCCACAAGGGCGCAGGACAAACUCGACAAUAAGUAGUUAUACUAGGGUGAUUAUGGAACGAAAAAAAUUUUUACUCAUGUCCUGUGCGGCCGCAAUCAAUUCUAAAUAUUAUUAAUAACAAUUUUGCAAUUAACCAACCAAAGAAGAAAAUAAAUAAUCAACAAUUAAUAAAAGUGAUAAAAUAAAUAAUAACAAAAAUAUUAAAAUAAAAAAUGAGAUCUUACGACGGUGAAAGCAGUUCAGGUGAUGAAGACGAUCGGCGUGAAAUACUUUCUGAUAACAACCAUUUAAAUCAGGGUGGAUGGCGUGGCUCAACGCAUCCUGCAUGGGCAUGGGAACACCGUCACCAGUUACAAAAUCAAUCAAAUCCAUCAUUGGAGUCAAUAGCAGCGUAUUCAGCACCACCACCAGCACAUCCAGGUCUUGGAGUAUCUUCAACAGGUUAUACUCCUGGAUCUGAUCAUUCGCAAAAUCAUGGAAGACGAACUCCAUUAGGUGCUGUUGGUCUUGGAGGAUUUUAUUUUCAACAACAACCUCAACCACAUACCUCUUCUAGUGUUUUAUCAUCUGAUGAAAAUCGUCCUGAUCAAGAAAGGCCUACAGGAUCACGUUUAAACUGUCCACCAAAAUCGAAAAGUUCACGUCAAGGAAAAAGUGUAAGAUUAAAUAUAAAUGCACGUGAACGUCGAAGAAUGCAUGAUUUAAAUGAUGCACUUGAUGAAUUACGUUCAGUUAUCCCUUACGCUCACAGUCCUUCAGUAAGAAAAUUAUCUAAAAUUGCAACAUUAUUAUUGGCUAAAAAUUACAUUCUUAUGCAAGGUAAUGCACUGGAAGAAUUGAGGAGAGUAAUAGCAGUACUUCAAUCACCGCAUGCACAUACAACCGCACUACCACCCACACCAGUGUCAUAUGAUUUGCUCCAAGGAUUUCCUGGUAAACUUUUUCAAGAUGUUCCAGAGUUACAAGGUAUUCAUGCAUUAAAUACAUCAGGUAUUAAUUCAAGUGGUCCAUCUAAUGAUAGAACACCCUCAACUGCUGAUUUAAGUGUUACAGGAUCAGAGUCAACUUAAAUUUUUUUUUUUUAUAAAUAUCAUAAGUAGAGUUUGAACUAAAUGAAAGUAAAUGAAAGUACUAGUCACUAAGAUUUUCAAA